CUGAUCACCAUUAACCUCAAUGAAAAAGACAACCUCAAUAACUUCAUCAUAUAAAUCUGUCUCUGCCUCUGUUUCUUCUAUUACUUUACCAUAUUAACCAUGAAGAAGCUUGGUGGAUUCAUGUGCCACUCUCCAGCAGCCACCGCAGUCUGCAUCCCCGCCGAUCCCCGCUCCGCAGUCGUGUCGAGAAGGCUGGCUAGAGCUGACUAUGUUCAUAAUGCCAAUAGCAACCGUGCGAGGUUGGUGAGCAAUGCUGUGAAGUACUCGAAGCUUGUCGAGUCGACGAACUUGAGUGUUCGGAGCAUGGAAACGCAGACCAACAUGAAGAAAUCAGUGCCGGUCAUGCUUUCUCCGCCGCCGGAGAAUGUCUUCCAUGUGGUGGUUAUGAGGGUGGCGCUUCACUGUCAAGGCUGUGCUAGUAAAGUUAAGAGACAUCUCGCCAAAAUGGAAGGAGUGACGUCAUUCAGCAUAGAUCUUGAGGCCAAGAGAGUGACUGUGAUGGGACAUAUUUCACCGCUGGGUGUUUUGGAGAGUAUUUCUAAGGUGAAAAGAGCCGAGUUAUGGCCAAUGUUAAACUAAUCACUUUAUAAUUAAAUGGCUUCUGGCUGUGACAGAACAGUGACUGUGAGAGAGAAUAUGAUUGAAAUGACCAAAAUGGGACACCAAAAGCAAGAAAAUGUGUGUAAUUUGUAAGAUCCCAGUAGGAGUUAUGUGUAAUUUCAAUCUUUUUGUUGGACAAAUUAUCCAUUUUAUUAAUGUUGGUCCUAAAUUAAUUUAAGAGUUAGUGGGUGGAUAUGUUACUAGUUCAUCAUUUGGUUUUAUGAAUUGGAAUCAACUUUUCUUAUGAUGUUAGUGA